AUUACGUAUCUACAUAUACAGACCCGCGGUUUGACAUCCAUCGCGUUCGUCGAGACGUUUUCCGUUCGAGUGAAAAAAGAGUAAAAAAUCAAUCUUGCCGGGCGUACAAUUUUUUAAUGAAAAUCAUGAAAUGCAGAUUAAAAAAGGAGACUGCCUCAUAAGUUCGAAACCCUUUGCAUACGUUCUAAGUUCAAAACACAAAGAUAACCACUGUGAUUACUGUUUCAAGAGUGGAAAACUUUUAAAAUGUUCAGGAUGCCAGUAUGUUUACUACUGCGACCGCUCCUGUCAAAAAGAAUCCUGGAGUGUACACAAAUCCGAAUGUAUCAAUUUAAAACGCAUAGCACCCAGAACUAUUCCAGAUGCAGCCCGUCUGAUGGCUCGAAUCAUUGUGAAACUUCAAAAAGGUGGAGGAGACGAAAAAGACUAUUAUGCAAAAAAUGCAUAUAGAAAAUUCAAAGACUUGAUGUCUCAUUACACCGACAUAAAGAAUGACCCAAAGCGAAUUGAACAUUUUGUUUCUCUGUGUCAAGUUCUAGAAGAUUUUAUGGAAGGUACCACGCUACCAAAUUCUGCAGAAAUAUUAGGACUGUAUGGUCGAAUCUGUGUCAAUUCAUACAAUAUAUUGGAUCCAGAUAUGAAUAGUAUAGGUGUUGGUAUUUAUUUAGGCCCCUCUGUAAUAGACCAUAGUUGUAAACCAAAUGCAGUUGCUGUUUUUGAAGGCACGACAAUCUUAAUCAGAGCCCUGGAAGAUAUACCUCGCUUAGAUUGGUCACAAAUACAUAUUUCAUAUAUUGAUGUACUGAAUACUACAAGUACUAGAUGUACAGAACUACAAAACACUUAUUACUUUUUGUGUGAAUGUGAAAGAUGCAAGGAUCCAGAGACUUAUGCUACAGCUGCAAUAUGUUCAUCCUGUGAAAGUACAUGUGAUAUUAAAGAGGAAUCUUGCCGAAAAUGUGCAAAAAAGAUUUCCUCUGCUUUUAAAGAGAAAUUCAAGGAAGUUAGUGAAUUUACCGCGCACCACCUUGAAACUAUGAAAAAUGUAGCUUAUCUUGAUAUUAGUAAAACAUGUCUAAAUAAACAGAAGGGAUUGUUGCAUCCUUUGAAUAUUCAACAUGUUCGAACAAUAGAAUCAGCAUUUGAUGCUUCAGUCAAUUUAGGAUACUGGGAAGAUGCUGAAACUUUUGGAAUUGAACUACUGCCAGGCUAUUUACAUUACUAUGGAGAAAUUCAUCCAUUAACAGGUAUACUAUAUUUGAUGUUAGGAAAGAUUCAAUUACACUUGGAUAAACCAAAGUCAGCUUUAGAUAUGUUGACAAAAGCUGAUAAGAUUCUUAGAAUCACGCAUGGAGAGAAGCAUUCGUUGUUUAAGGAGAAUUUAAAACCAUUACUUUGUCAAGCCAUUGUGGAAAGUCAACAGUGAAAAUUCCAUGACUUGUUUAUAACAGGGUACCACACUAUAUAAUAUUUAUAUUUGACUGAGUCUUUCACGAUUUUUAAUGGCUUUUGUUUGUAAAAUGUGCUUUUAUAAAGUAUUGAUUUAAUAAAUUUGAGACAAAAUUAACGUCUAA